AUGAUGUCGCGAGUGCCUGCAUAAAAGGUGAGCCGUGAGCAGCAUCCAGUCACAUAGUAGGCACGACGUCCGCAACAGUCAACAAAGAUGUUCGUCGGCGAGAGCGGGUGCGCAGAUGCCUUGUCCAAGUAUGAGGCGCUCGCGGCGUCCCUCCCGGCCCGGCAGGGCCUCGGGAUCACCCCGUACCGGAAGUACGACGGCUUCUGGUACCCGGAGCACCUGAUGGCGCCGACGCUGGCCGUGCGGGACACGUUCGCCGCCCGCCCGACCGACGUCAUCCUCGCCACCAUGCCUAAGUCCGGCACCACGUGGCUCAAGGCGGUCGUCUACGCCGUCGUGCACCGCGGCCGCCACGCGCCGGCCGGCGGGCGCCACCCGCUCCUCGCCUCCAGCCCGCACGAUCUGGUCCCGUUCCUGCACUCCUUCUACGAGAGCCCCCGCUCCGCGCCGCCCGGCCCGCUCCUCGAGGACAUGCCGUCGCCGCGGCUCUUCGCCGUGCACACGCCGUUCACGGCCCUGCCCGCGUCGGUGCCGGGGUCCGGGUGCCGCGUCGUCUACUUGUGCCGGGACCCCAAGGACGUCUUCGUCUCGCUCCGCCACUUCCUCGACGAGAUCAAGCCCGGCGGGUCCGACAUACCGCCGUUCGCCGAGGCGUUCGACCAGUUCUGCGGCGGCGUGUCGCCGUUCGGGCCGGUGUGGGGCCACAUGGCCGGGUACUGGGAGGAGAGCGUGGCUCGGCCGGGGGAGGUGAUGUUCCUCCGGUACGAGCACCUCAAGGAGGACGCCGUGGGGACAGUGAGGAGGCUGGCCGAGUUCCUCGGCUGUCCGUUCACUGACGAGGAGGUGGCCAGCGGCGUCCCUGAAGCUGUAAUUGCUCUGUGCAGCUUGGACAGGAUGAGAAGCGUCCAGGCCAACCAGGACGGGGUGCACGGGACGGGCCGUUUGUCGUUCAAGAACACGGCCUUCUUCCGGAAGGGGGAAGUCGGGGACUGGAAGGCGCACAUCACGACGGAGAUGGCGCAGAAGCUCGACGGCAUCGUGGAGGAGAUGCUGCGAGGAUCUGGGCUCUCCCUCGCAGGCAAAUGAUGGAGGUAGCGCAUCGCACCGGUGCGGGUCACCGAUACAUACUUGCGGAUCUUCAAACUUGUUCUGCUUAGUAUUUACAAAAAAUACGUGUUCUGUUUUAGCUUUUGGCUUUGUCUUAUCGUAGCCCAGAAGUCCGACCUACGCAGUGAAAUGUGAUGGCUUCGUUGCCAUACAUGAAUCAUGAAUGUUCCCAUGUUUAAAAUUGGGCGAAAUAAAAUUAUUGCCAUAGCACUGUAACAUGUAUUGUACUGUGUCAGGAACAAAAAGAUUGCCAUCAUAAAGCUGGUGAAGUUUUUCGUUA